AUGAGUCAACAAGCAAAGACAAAGGAAGCUCCAAAAAUCCAAGAAGCCAAAGGUACCGCUAAAAGAGAUUUCCUUCUUGAUGUUGAACAACAAGUUCAAAAAUUCUGGGAUGAAAAUCAUGUUAAUGAGGCCAAUGCGGGUGAUUUGGAUAACAAGGAAAAGUUCUUCGUUACAUUCCCUUAUCCAUACAUGAAUGGUAGACUUCACUUGGGACAUGCCUUCUCUUUGACCAAGGCUGAAUUCCAAGCUCGUUUCCAAAGAUUGUUGGGAAAGAAUGUAUUGUUCCCAUUCGGUUUCCACUGUACUGGUAUGCCAAUAGCAGCUUGUGCCGAUAGAUUGAAGAGAGAAAUUGAAGACUUCGGAAAUCCUCCAAAAUUCCCAGAAAAACAAGUCAACAACACUGAUAAAGAAGAAAAAGUUGAAGACGAAAAUGCUGAAGUUAAGACAGGAGAAUAUCAAUGGAAUAUCAUGAGAAAGAAUGGCUUGCCCGAUGAAGAAAUUGCAAAAUUUUCAAAUGCUAAAUAUUGGUUGGAAUAUUUCCCACCACUCGCAAAGAAGGAUCUCCAAAAGUUUGGUGUUAUGUGUGACUUCCGUCGAAGUUUCAUUACAACAGAUUUGAACCCAUAUUAUGAUUCAUUCAUUCGUUGGCAAUUCAAUCGUUUGAGAGAACAAGGUAGAAUUAGUUUUGGAAAGCGAUACAGCAUUUUCUCACCAAAAGAUAACCAACUCUGUGCUGACCACGACAGAGCAGUCGGUGAGGGAGCCAAACCACAAGAAUAUACUGUCGUCAAAUUGUUCUUGCAGAAACCGUAUCCUGCAGUUUUGAAGCAUUUGGAAGACAAGAAAGUUUAUUUGGGAGCUGCCACUCUUCGUCCAGAAACCAUGUUUGGUCAAACAAACUGCUGGCUUUUGCCUGAUGGUGAAUAUGGAGCUUUUGAAACAAAUACUGGUGAAAUCAUUAUUUGUACUCCAAGAGCUGCUAGAAAUCUUGCUUGGCAAGAAUUGAGUCCUGAGCUUGGAAAAGUUGUUCAACAUGCCAAGUUUUUGGGCGCAGAUUUGAUGGGAGCAGCUGUUGAAGCUCCAUUGUCACCACUCAAGACAAUUUAUGUUUUGCCAAUGAUGUCUAUUUCAACACGAAAGACAACUGGUGUUGUCACCAGCGUUCCUUCUGAUGCCCCAGCUGAUUAUGCUGCUCUUCAAGAUUUGAAGAACAAGCCUGAGCUUAGAGCCAAGUAUGGUAUCAAGGAAGAAUAUCUUUUUGACCCAAUUCCAAUCAUUGAAGUACCAGAAUACGGAACUUUGUGUGCACAAGCUCUCUGUGAAAAAUACAAGAUUAAGUCUCAAAAUGAUAGAGAUGCCUUGGAACAAGCUAAAGAUGAAGCUUACGGACAAGGAUUUAACAAGGGUGUUUUUGUUAUUGAGGGUGAAUUUAAGGGUAUGGCUGUGAAAGAAGUCAAGAACAAGAUUCGACAAAUGUUGGUUGAUCAGGGAUUGGCAAUUCCAUACGCAGAACCAGACAAGGAAGUCAUCAGUAGAUCUGGUGACAGAUGCGUUGUCAGCUUGACUGACCAAUGGUAUUUGAAGUAUGGAGAAGAAGAUUGGAAGAAGAUUGUCACUGAGCAUCUCCACACAAAGUUCCACGUUUAUAAUCCUGCUACUCUUAACGAACUUGAAACAACUGUUGAUUGGUUGAAGGAAUGGGGCUGCUCACGAUCGUAUGGAUUGGGUACAAAACUUCCAUGGGAUGAACAAUUCUUGAUUGAAUCUUUGAGUGACUCUACAAUUUACAUGGCUUUCUAUACCGUUGCACAUCUCUUGCAAGGAGGUGUUUUGGAUGGUUCUGGCGAAAGUCCACUUGGAAUUAAGCCUUCACAAAUGACCGAUGAAAUCUGGAGUUAUCUUUUCCACGGCAAGGAACCAUCUUCUACCAAUGGUAUUAGUCGAGAGGCCUUGGAUACUUUGAGAAAGGAAUUCUUGUACUGGUAUCCUGUUGAUUUGCGUGUCAGUGGUAAAGAUUUGAUCAAGAACCACUUGACUAUGUUCCUUUACAAUCAUGCCGCUAUUUUCCCAGACCUCAUGCCAGGUUCUAUUUUUGCUAAUGGUUAUGUCAUGGUGAAUGGCGCUAAGAUGAGCAAGCAAGCUGGUAACUUUUUGACUUUGCAAAAUGUUAUUGAUUUGUAUGGUGCUGAUGCCACUAGAUUGGCCCUAUGUGACAGUGGUGACACUCAUGAUGACGCCAAUUUUGAACAAAAUAAUGCUAAUAGUGCUGUUCUUAAGCUUAACACAUUUGUGGAAUGGAUCAAGGAAACUCUUGAAGGACCCUUGAGAGAAGAAGACUCUGAAUAUUUGUUUGCUGAUAAGACUUUCGAUGCUAGAAUUAAUUUGUGUGUCGAACAAUCCAAGAAGUUCUAUAAUGACAUGGUCUUUAAGGAAGUUUUCAAAUCUGCUUGGGUUGCCAUGCAAGAUUCUCUCUCAAAGUAUAUUGAAACCAUGAAGAGAGACUCUGAAAAAUUGCACAAGAAGCUUGUUUUGAAGUUUAUUGAGAUACAAUCAAUUAUUCUUUCUCCUAUUCUUCCACAUAUUACUGAAUACAUUUGGAGAGAAAUCCUCAAGAAGGAUGGCUCUAUCGUUAAUGCAAAGUGGCCUGUAGUCCCAGAAGCUGACCAAUCCCUAUUGGCUAGCGAUGAAUACCUCAGAGAUGCUCUUCAUUCAUUCCGUCAAUCCUUCCAAAAGGAAUCCAAGAAUAAGAAGAGACCUCUUAAGGCGUACGUGUACGUCGCUGACAAGUUUUUGGAUUGGCAACUCAAGAGUUUGGAACUUCUCUCAAAAUACAAGGACUCAUUUACUGGUGAGAAAGAGAAGGAAGAACAAGCCAUGAAAAUCAUUUCAACAGAAAUGAAAGACUACAUGAAAUUCAAGCCAAUGUCUUUCAUUGCUGCUAAGAGAGAUCAAUACAAGAAGGAUGGUAUCAAGGCUUUGAGUCCUGAAAUGCCUUUCAAUGAAUUUGAACUUCUCAAGGCCAAUGUUAACCUUAUUAAGGCAUGCUUUGGAGGCGUUGAAACUGUGGAAAUUUAUUGCCUCUCACAAGAAUAUCCUGAUCCACUCAAGAGAGCAUUGAGAGCUCAACCACUCGAGCCUGCUUUUGGUGUUGAAUAUGAAAAGUAA